AUGUGCGACAAGUUCAGAAUAAAACCAGUACACUACGAGGCGCCGGAUUUAAGCAGCAUGAUUUCAUGGCGCCUGAUGAGGAAAAACCCAUCAGGUGCUUUGAUCUGGGCGAUAUUUGGCGGUUCCUUGAUAAUGAAUGGUUAUUUCUUUCAGCAUUUCCUGCGCCGUAAAGAGUAUCAGUUUGACCACAAGAAACGUAUGUGGAACGAGCGUUUGGAACAGUUGAAAAAUCCGGUCAGGAUGAAACUGUACUAUCCUUCUGAAGAAUCGGUCCCUAAACCGCACAGACCGUUGGUAGAAGUGUACACUAAGAUGAAGGAAGCGGAGCUUCGUAAAAAUAAAUGUAAAUAA